AUCGCUCUACUAUUAAAAAAAUGUAACUUAAGUGCAUAUUAUUAAAAUUUUAGCCUCUAUGAUCUUGGGGUCAAAGCACAUAAUUUAAAAUAAACUAAACAUUAAAUUGAAUGAUAGUAUUCAACUUUCAAGAGUCAAAUGCUGGUCCUUUUUGAAUCAGUGGCAGACAUCACACCAUUAAAGUCAAAGCAACUAGUUAUCCACAUUUACAUUGCUUCACUAGAACAGUUUAGCAUCUUGAUAUCAGUGGAAGCAAAUUUUGUCCUUAUGUACUCCUGAUCCAAAUGAACUUCAAUCGAAGUCUAGUAACUUAAUGUGAGUAGAACUAGACCUUCUGGUUAUCAGAAAUGCCUACAUUAUUGUGUACCAAAUAGUCCACACCUUAACUCCUUUCAUGUGUCAGCAAAGCAUAAACUGAUCAUAUCACAAAAUUAUUAAACACAAAAUAUUCAGAAGUUCGGCUCAAUAAAGAAAGAUUAACUUCUUUUUUCUGAUAAUUAAAAAGAAAAAACAAAACCAAAAAAAUCUCAGUUUUGGGAAUUUUAUUAAAAAACCAUUUCCAGAUAAAUUCUUGAAUUUAGAAGAUAAAUAAAGGAAUUACUUUUCCCAUAUAUGCUAUGUCACAACUCUUCCUAAAACAUUUAGUGCAAUGCUCACAGUAUUGGGAUGGGAAGAAAAUUGUGAACACAGUUUUAGCAAUGUAUUUAAUUACACAAGAAAAUGAAAUUAGUUAUAGAAUUUAAGAGAAUAAAUCAAAGGAAUUAAUUUUGUAUGUUUAGCAAAUUAUACAAUAUUGAAUAGCUAAGCCAUUGACUUGAGGUGGUGGGUAAACAGUUCUGGUGUUUUUCUAUUUGUUUUAUUUCCAAAAUUUCCAGAUGUUUUGAAUAUUACACAAAUAUUACAUAAUUUGGGGUUUUUUUAAAUAUCUUAUUGAAUCCUUUAUUUUCUUUUGAUAUUUUGUUAAUAUAUACCUUUAAAGACACAAGGUUUAAACCAUCACUUUUCUUUUAAACUACAGAUACUUCUAAAAAUUCAUAAACAUUUUAGUAUUUGUUACGUGUCAAGUAAUUUGUUUAGCAUUCCUCUGCAGAUUUGUAACCAAGAUAGUGGAGCAGGUUAGUUCACUCACUCACAAUUUUAAAGUGGUUAUAAGCAAACAAACAAACAAAAACUGAUUAGUCUGUGUUACUGUCCAGCAGCUGAAUGAAGUGCAAAAGAUAAGUAUACACUACAUAUAGUAAAAUUGAUUUUUUAAAAAUGUACAGUUUUUAAACAAAAUUAAUAUUGCUACAAGUUAGUUUUAAAAAGAGUACUUGGCAUUUUCUCUUAAAGAAACAGCUUGUAUAAUAUUUAUGCAUUCACAAUAAAGCUAUGACAUGUGACCUGAAAUCCUUAAAAAUUCCACCCUAAAAAAAAAAGUUUUAAAUAGAAAAUUAAAAAAAUCCUGUAUUUCUUUGCUCCAUAUCAAAUUUGCUAAUUAGUGAGUAGUAAUUUUAUUCUUAAAUAUAAUAUCUUUGUGUUCUGACAUUUUUAUAAUGGUGUUUUAAAUAAUAUUUUUAAUUAAGCAUGGAGUCCACUCUUGCUCUCAGUGAAAUCUGUCUUAAAUUUUUGUUCUAACUAAUCUCUGAAAUAGAGCAAAUGAUUUUAUAUAUAAACAGAAAAACUAUAAACACCUGAUUUUCUAUCCCUAUUAAAAAUAGCCAUUUUUAUGGCUAUAUAAUUUUGUCGGUCAGUGAGAAUUUUUGGGGACAAAUACAUUUAUUAUAGGCAAAUUUUGAAAAAUUAUUAAAGCUAAUGUUAAAACUAUAUAAUACACAGGCUGAGACGACUCUACAUCUGGGUGUUUAGGUUAUCCACAAUUGCAAAGUUUGUUUUAAAGUAGUAAGACACAUAUAGAGUAUAAUCUGUUCUUACCCAAAUUUAAGUGAAUUAAUUUAAGAAUAUAAUUUAGAUAUUUAGCAUCCAGGUAUUUGGGUACAUUACACAUGAGUCAAGAAUAAAGAUUAUACAAGUAGUUCAUGGUGGAAAGCAAAAUACAUACAUGAGUGAAGAAUUUUACUGUCUUUUAAUAUCUAAUAUGAAUUAAUUGCCAAAGAGACAGUUAGUGGCAAGAGAAAAACCUGAAUUUUUUUAGCAUGUUAUCUGUAACAAAGGUAAAGCUUAUCUCAUACAUGUAAUUUAUGACCUGAUAUAACUUUCACUCUCCUUGCAGUAGGUUUGAUUUUCCGUUGUGUGAUGAUUGCAUCCAAUCUUCAAAUUUAUUCCUAUGAGUAGUUUCUACUCAAGCAGGUUAGGAUAAAAUGGUUAAAAUAAUGAUAUACUUUUAAAUCAAAGAAUAAUUUCUCCUCCAAAACUUCUUGGUAGGCUUAGUUAGUAUAUAAACCUUGAUUACCAUUUAUUAAUUAUAUUAGCAAUUGUGUAGCAUAUUUAAAUUUUUAUAUAAAUUAAUAUUAAUUGUACUAGCAGAUCCCAAUUUGCUUGAAAUGUUUAUAUUUUAGAAGUGUACGAAAAUACUAACCUAUCAUCACUUUUACCAUUAGCUGCUUUAAGGCCCAAACCUGCUCUCAUUUAAAUGAGUGAUUAAAUUCCUAUUGCCGUCAAUAUGAUGUAUAGGAUAUAUGAUAACCAGUUUUGUUUCAACUAUUCAGUUUUAAGAAUUUAAUAGAAUUAGGCUGUUCAGACUUUUGAAGUUAGUUUUAUAAACUUGCAUUUCUUACAAUUACUGCUAUGGUAAGACUUCUGUAGCUGAUUAAGAAACAUCAUAUCUUUUAGAACGGUUAUACUUUCUGUAUAAUAACCUGUUCUGAUGUUUAUAUGAUAUCCACAUAUUCAUAUACAUAAUGUUUACAAAUACAUUCAGGUGACAAAAACAAGUUUUCUUUAAAAUCCUACCUAAUUUUCCGGGGGUAUCAAUCUCUGUAGUUACUGUAGUUCUUAAUACAUUUCUUUUCCAAAGUACUUUAUUUUUAAUCCUCCCAUAAACUAAAACACAUCACCUGUCAAAGCCAGGGACGGAUCUCUUACUCUGUUUGCAUAUUUUAUUAUGCUGCAUAAAUAAUGUAGCUAAAUCCAAGAGACAAAAGCCACACAGCUGCAGGUUGGCAGAAGAGCCAAGUAAAAACAGGGAUUGAGCUGUAAUAGCUGAAGGUAUAAAAGUAGGGUUGGGUGGUAAUAUUAAAAUUAUAAACAACUCUACUGGAAAAUAUAACUUGUUAUAGACGAUCAUAGAAGAAAAACUUGAGGGAAGGAAGGAAAAAUUGCACUGCAAUUAAAAACUGACUAUUACCUUUUCUAGUUGCUAAUGUUGUAAAGAGGUGGGGUUAACUAGAGGAUAAGAAGUUAAUAUACAGAAAUUUGAUUCUCGCUUGUCUUUGGCUGUUCAUACAGUGAGAAGGAAGGUGAAGUUUACACAUUUGCAGGGAAAGGUCAGUCUCAGUCAGGACAUUCUCUUCAGUUGCAAAAAAAAAAAUCUCCAUUUUCUUUAAAGGGAGAAGAGAUUUAGAUUCAUAUCCAAAGAGAACAAUAUGAAGUGGUUUAUUUGCUUUGGAUGGCUAGUUAGAGUAUAUACAAAUCAGGUAGAGGGAGACAAAAAGGACAUAGGCUUGUAGCAGGUGAGUUUGUGCAUGUUCAAAUAUAUUCAUCUUCCUUGCUCUAAACAGUCUGCUCUGCCUGAGCAAUAGUCGCUUUCCUUGAGUGCUAUGUACUAUGUUACUGCAUGGCAUUAUCAUGCUAUGAAAUCAUACAGUUCCUGCUCAAUGAGAAGUAGAUCCUAAAUACAUCUAGCACCAACAAAGUUAUAUUGUGUGUUGGUUUCUGAUCAAAUAUUUGUGUUAAUGUAUUGAGACUUUGUAAAGAUUGGUUUAAAAUGCAAAUAAUUGGGAUUUUGCUGGUACCAAAGAGAAGGCAUUUUCUUACUGAUACUUUUCGGUUGAUAUUAUGACCUCUAGUAUUGAGUACAAUUUGACCAAAAAUUUAUAUCAAGAUAUUUCCUUUGAAUGUCUUUCUGAUUAUAUGUAAAGCCACAAACUGACUAAUUUCUUUUAUGAAUUAAAGGUGUACAAUUUAAGCAUGGCAAAGUCAACAACCACUAGUACUUGAGUUACCUAUUGUGAUAAAAUAUUGAUAAGUGAAAACAACACCUUGCAGUAUUCAGCAAAUCCGUGUAUUUUGAUUUUCUCAUUAACUUUUAUAAGAAGGCUAUUAAUGCAGCAAUGUCUUUUAAAAAAUGGAAAAGGUCCCACCCCAUGUCCCCCCUUAUUGUAACAGGCUGAUUGUUACAGGUCUUGGUUAUCUAAUUGUGGUUGUGAUGAUCUAGGUAAGUCUCAAAACAGUUAAAAAGUUUACAGGUCACUUCACAGAGUCAAAGUCCUGGCAUUUUAUGGCCUUCUAAUGAGCCGUUAAACUGGAGAAGGGCUAAUUAAAUACGGUGCUCUGGUACAAUUUGCCAGCUAGUACUGACUUUAGCUCUCUGAUUUUAGGUUCUUCAGAAGACGAUGAGAUCAUUCAAGAAGGUCUCCUCAGGCUCAGCAGGGGCGAGUAAAGGUGGAGACGAGCCCGGAAAGUUGCCGGCGCAGGAAGAGGAGGAAUCCCAGGUUUUACACGGAACAGGCCAUUGCAAGUGGUUCAAUGUGAGAAUGGGAUUCGGGUUCAUCUCCAUGAUCAACCGGGAGGGAAACCCCUUGGAGUCUCCAGUUGAUGUUUUUGUACACCAAAGCAAGCUUUACAUGGAAGGAUUUAGAAGCCUAAAAGAAGGAGAACCAGUGGAAUUUACUUUUAAGAAAUCUUCCAAAGGCCUUGAAUCAAUACGGGUAACAGGCCCUGGUGGGAGCCCCUGUUUAGGAAGUGAGAGACGACCCAAAGGGAAGACAGUACAGAAAAGAAAACCAAAGGGAGAUAGAUGCUACAAUUGUGGUGGCCUUGAUCAUCAUGCUAAAGAAUGUAGUCUACCUCCACAGCCAAAGAAGUGCCAUUACUGUCAGAGCAUCAUGCACAUGGUGGCUAACUGCCCUCAUAAAACUGUUACACAACAGCCCACUAGUUCUCAGGGAAGAUAUGAAGCAGAACCACAGCCUUCCACUUCCGCUUUCCUGAGAGAAGGGGGAGGGGCUUAUGGCCAUUCAUCUCCAUCCUAUUCUCAGGAGGGAAGGUCAGAAAUCUUAGAACGUUCAGGCAGGUCUCCGCAAGAAGCCUCCUCCAGUAAGUUAUCUGCAUCACCUGAAGAACAAAGCAAAAAGGGGCCUUCUGUUCAAAAAAGGAAAAAAACUUAAAACUUUGUUAUAACCUUUCAAUUUUCUUUACCCUCUUGGAAUGUCUACCUCAUGCAAGUACAGGGGAAAUAAUUUCACUAUCAGUAGCUGACCUGAAAUUUUAACUACUGUUGAGAACUGUGAAUUUAUGUUUUUAAUAGACAAAUCACUCCAAGCAAAUUACAGUUGAGCAGGGUGUCUUGUGUUUUACCUCCUGUGUGUGUGGAUGUGCAUGAGUGCAUGUGUCUCUGUAAUGUCUUUCUGUCUGUCUGUAUACAGAUCUAUAAUUGCUAUCUCUGUAUAUGUAGGCAUACACACACCAGCAGAACAGUUUCCAUUUCCCAGGAUACAUCAUCAAUUGUGAAGCAGUAGUCAUAGUUCAGAACGCUUUUAGAUUCUCGUUCCUGGAAGCAACCUUGAAACAUGCUUUAAAAACCAUUUAAGAGCACGACUGUUACUUCUCUACAAACCAAAGGAUACUUUGCCUCCCAAAGCUGCCAAUGAUAUGGUACCAAGGUGCUGGAACAAUAGGUGUAGUGAGGGUGCUGAGAGCCAUUGAACCAAACUGAAAACCUUGUAUAUAAUGGAAACCACUUCUAGUCAGUAUGUGCUGCAGCACCCCAACAUCUCCAGUUCCAGCACCUCUGUGGACGGUACUAAGAAUAUUAAGACAUUCCCCUAACCCUUUAUUCUGGGUAGAUAUUUUGUUCUUGAUCCCCAAUGUGUAGUAAUGUUUUGUUUGUUUGGGUUUUUUUUCCUCCACACCUGUAAAGGGCAUGCCUUGAUUAAGUUGCCACAAUCUUUGUUUUGGAGUUAAGGCUCCAGAAAAGACAAUGAAUGUGUAGUUUCUGUGCUGAGAUUGCAAAUGUUGUGUUAAAUGAAUAUGGUUGAAUUUUAAGUUAGAUCACUGUUGUAUGAGGGGAGAAUGUGUAAGUUGGUAGGAACUAUUGUUUGAGUAGUACCAAGCUAUCACACCUUGUUUUCCCCUUUGCGCUUGUGAAAAUCUUGGGGGGGAGGGGUGGCGUAGGCAGCUGCUUCGCUUAGUCCCAAUUUGUCCCCCUGUGUCAGUGGACAGAUCAAGGGGAUUACCCCCUUGUUUACUACUGAAAGUCCUGGUGAGAACUCCCUAGGGUUUUUUUAAGUUAAAGGAAAAUAAAUACAAAGUUAAUGAAAUAUUGGGGUACAGCCCUUAUGGAGAAUAAAAAUGAAUGGGCACUUACAAUUGAUCAAACUCCCCUGCUAGGCAUGUAGUACAGGUACAGUUCUGAGGGUGUGUCUACACUGCAAGGCUUACCUCGAAAUAAGCUAUGCAAAUUGAACCAUGUCAAUUACAUAUCUUAUUUUGAAAUAGCUUAUUUCGAAAUAGGGAGCGUCUACACAGCACUUAUUUCGCAAUAGAGCACGCUUCCUCCGACUUCCCUUAUUCCUUGUACAAUGAGGUUUACAGGAGUUGGAGUAAGAAAUCCUCCAGCUUGACAAUAUUUUGACACUAUUUUGAAAUAACUGCCUGCUGUGUAGACAUGGACUAAGUUAUUUUGGAAUAGCGCUAGUUAUUUUGAAAUAGUGUUGCAGUGUAGACAUACCCUGAGUGAACAACAUACAGAUCUGAUGCAGAGUGUCCUUAGAGCAGGGACAUGCGAACAUUGGCACAUUUGCCAGAAGCCCUAAGACUCCAUCUGCUGUCCAUGAAAUGGAGAAGACUGCAGACGGGCCUUGGCUCAAUACAUGCCAUGACCACUCCUCUGUACUAAAGAUGAACAUGUCUGCAAGCCCCAUCAUAUAACUUGCUGGGCUGCACUUUAACCAACCCAUGGGCUGCACUUUGGCCAUCCUAACAUGGUCCAUUUGUAAUUGGCAGAUUAAUAAACCAUGCCUAAGAAAAUAUCCUUCUAGCCAUCCCACUGCACGUGUAAUUUCUUUGGGGAAACCUGUAUAAUCCUUAGCAUUGGCAAUAAACAAUAGGCUGUUACAAAAACUGAGAUGGGAAGGUAGGUUUAAGCUCAGAUAAUCAAAAAAGAAACAUAAUGUAGGAAAAGGCAAUACUGGGCCAAAUUCAUAUCUGUUGUAAUGCCAUGCCAUUAGCUGCAGUGGCCUUACACCAGCAGUGCAUCAGCCCAUUAGUUGGCAAGGCCUCCCUCCUCAAAUUGUCUUGUCAUAUGAAACUUCUAUUGUAGCUGCUGCUGCUACAGUAAAUAGAUAAGGAUCAGCUGCCUCAGUAAAGGGUGUGAGUCCUGUAGAUGAACUUUGACUGAAUUCCAUGACAGUGUUUGUGAGAAUCUCAAUGGUUUGUACUGAUGUUCUCAGUAUGCCGUGAUGCAAAGCUUACCUUUGACGAUAUUGAAUGUGAUGUAUCUAUAGAGAAGUACUUCCUUGCCUUAUGUGAGGAUUGUAAACUUAUUUAAAUUAUGUAGACAAAUCAAAGUGGCAUUGCUUAACCUUCUAGCAGGUGUAAUAACCAGGUGAAAUAGCAAAGAUGCAAAACUUAGGUCACUUUGAAAAUCUAAACCAAAGUUCCUUAUAGAAAUAGGCAAUUGUGGAUUUGAACAUUGGUCAUUCCCUGUUUACAUAUAAAAAGUUCAGAGCUGAGAUCAUUAGGAAGUAAGUAAUUCUGAUAUAUAGACCUUACUGGUGCUGUUUGAAAUAGUUUUGUGCACCAAAACCAGACUGAACUGCUAAGAGCACAUACCAAACCUAUCUUAUUAUUGAAAGCGUAGGUUUUAUUUUUGUAUAUUAGAAUGUUAUCACUAUUACAUAACUACUCAGGACAAAGAACUUAGCUCAGGGAAUAUACCAUAUAAUGUUUUUCUUUCUUUACAGAAUAGCCUACAGGCCUGCUUACUCAGAAAAAAACCAAAUAGACUUUGACCUUUAUAUCUCAAUAUAAGUAUUAUAUACUGAUAAUAAUAACUACCUCUGAGUUGACAUACCUACGUUUCUUAUCAUCAGAUAUCAACUUUUUUGUAUUAUGAUUUCCUGUGAAAAUAAGUGAUAAAGCAGUAUUCCUAUACUGGUUGCUUAUGUGAAUAUUUGUGAUUUUACAUUCAUAGGGUCUGAUUUUCAGAUAUGCUAAGCAGUUGCAGCUCCCAUUGAAUUCCAGUGGCAGUUAUACGUGCUCAGGCCUUCUGAAAAAAAAGUAUCAUGCCCACUUCGUUUACAUAGAUAACAAUAAAAUUAUUAUUCUGUUUACAGCAAAAGGCUACCUCAUACUUACUGCAUAAACACACAUUUGUGCUGCUCUGGCCUUAAAGGCGGCUGUUGAUCUAUGGUACAUACUUUUUUAUCUGUACUAUAUAUGUAAAUUGGUAAUUCACCACUGCAUACUUUAGGGCAAACACUUGUUUAAAAUGAAGCAUCCAUUUGAAAUUGUGUAAAGUUUCCAAACAUUUCUUUACAGCUUUUUUUUUUCAUCAAAAAGAUUGUGGGCACUGUUCACAAAAAACAAAAACAAAACACAGAAACUAAAGCUAACUACAGAACUACAGAGCUGUGAUAAGUAACUGAUUGAUUAGCACUGGAUUGCAAUAGAAAGUCUAGGUUUCAUCCCCAAUUUCUCAGAUUAAAUAAGCUACCUGAAAAGACUCUUGGCUUGUCUCCACUUACUGGGAGAUUGAUGCUGCGGAGAUCAAUCUCUCGGGCUUAGUUUUAGCAUGUAUAGUAAGGAUCUGCUAAAUCAAUUCCUGAUAGUGCUUGCCAUCAUCUCUGAUACUCCACUGGGACACGAGGAGUAAGGGAAGUCAACGGGAUAGUUUCUCCUGUCAAUCUCCCACAGUGGGGAUGUCACGGAAACUAAGCUAUUCACGUAGCUGGAGUUGUGUAUCUUAAGUCGACUUUCUCCCUUAGUGUAGACCUGGCCUAAGAGAAGGAUCUUGGCAGGUCCUUAAGAAUUCUAUACAUUUAUGGGGAUGAUCCAUGUUUUGGGGUCCUCCCAUAGUUUUGUCACUUUUGAUGAUGAAAUGAAGAGUAUUCUCCAUUUUGGAACCAACUAUAAGAGAAGCUUGAUUCCCAUAUUCCUGACUAAAUGUGCACUAACACCUCACAUUAGAACCAGUCUACACAGUUGCAUUAAAAUAGUUUCUGAAAGAGAUAUACUCCUCACUUUCCCACACUACUGGAGAUGAAAUUUAAAGCAUGGGGAAUUUCUUUCCUUAUGCAUCUAUCCCUUCCCAGUUCCCCCAAAAAGAUACUGGAUUCGAUCUCCUCUCAGACUACAUUGUGGGAUGAUUUCUCCCCUUCCCAUAAAAACUUAAAACAAGGUUCACUCAUGCUUACUGAAAAGAUGAAACCAUUUAUUUUAAUUUAAAAAAAAAGCCUAUUUUGGGAGAAAAGUGUUUUUGGUUGUAGUUGAUGAAUUUGGCAUCUUUAGCCUCUAAAACAUUUCUGCUUUUAAUCAGCUUUUGGGGACUGCCAAAAGUAGUAUGUUUUGAUCCUAGCUCCUCUCCCUUUUAUGGCUCAAUUUUAUUUUGCACCAGUGCUAUUUCAGAGUUACUUCUUUGUUAUAUACUUAGUUUUGUGAAUAGAGCCCCAUAAAAGUGUUUAUAGAUCUUGUAACAUUCUUUGUAAGAAGAAUUAUAAAAGCAUGAGAAAUCUCAUUAAGUCUUAAAAUUAAUUUAAAUUAAUUUAUCUGUAAGAAAACGUGUAUCAUAAAAAUAUAUAUGUGUAUUCCCCUGUGCUGGAUUUAAAAGUAAUUGGGAAAGAUAUGUACCUGUGCAGAUGCACUAAUUUUAAUUUUCUAAUUAUCUUAAUGAGAUUUGAUUAUUUGUUUUAGAUACAAGCAAAGCCUUGUUAAAUGCACCAGACCGUAUUUUGGUUACUAUCAACAGCCUCUUUAAGAUAUGUUGGUUGUGUUGCCUCUGUCAUAAUUGUAGACUGGUGAGGUUGAUCUAUACUUUUAUACUUAAACAGGGCUGCAAUUCAAUGACUCUGGUAGAAUUUUUAUGAGAAUAUUGGAAAGUACCAAACUAUUUACUGCCACUGUCAGUAAACCAAAUGUCAGAGUAACUAGCUUUUGAAAGGAUGAUGGUCUUGACUACCUCUUGAAUUAUUAUUUAAGCAACAACUGGUUGACAAACCUCACCAGACUGUGUUUAACUAGUAUGUGUUGCUCAUGGUAAUAAUAACAAUAAGCAUACUAGAGACCAAAGUGAACACUGAUUUCUAAAUGUCUUUAAUACUGUGUCUUAUCUAGUGGUUUUAAAUUAUCCUUUGUAGUAUAGAUUACCUCAUUGUCCGUUUUGACUUGUAUGUUGUUUACAAGGUGAAAUAAAAAUCACUUGAAUUGUAUUGUUUUUAAAGACAGUGAGUUGAAGUUUUGAAAGUCAUUUCACCUGUUUACUAUCUUCUGAAUGGACUAAAAGCACUGAUUGCCUUUCUACAUAUCAUGUAUUUUAUAUUCUCAUUUCAUUGCCUAAUGUCUUUUUAUUUCUAUCAAUCAUGGAUAUUGUGAGGUUUAAAUGAAUUACGUGAUAAAAAAAUAAAACAUAUAACGUUGACAUUUA